UAUUGAUAGAAACGCAUCACAGCAGCCAACAAGUAGGCGAAACUCUGGUUCUAAUCUAAACAUUUUACGAAAAUUUCUAUCAGAAUGGCAACUAUGAGCGAAGCAACUGAUGUAAAGAAUGAUACAAAUCUACAGUACGAAGAUAGUUUCCAAUCAACUAUUUCAUUACAGCAAUCUCUUCUAACGCGCUCCACCAAGGCCUGCAUCGUCCUGGGGGGUUUCGUCAAUAUUUUUCUUCUUGUUGCUAUCAUGACUUCUCCAGUUUUACGGUUGAAACUAAGGAAUCAGAUUUUAGCUGUCAUGUGUGUUUGUUUUUUGCUUGAAAUUAUUAUAGAAAGCACUGUAGAUAUAGUUACAAUGAAUCACGAAUUUAGUUUAUUUUGUGAACUUUUAGAUGGAUAUAAUUACAUUCACGCGAUGUUGGAUUUUAUUUCAACAUGGUACAUUGUUGAGCUGAUAAUAAUCUACAUAGCACAGCUAAAGGAUAUUGACCCAAGUAAAUUGAUCAACAUCAAAUGUGUUAAGUUUGCAACACUUACUGUUUUAACGCUUCCUCUCAUUUUAUCAAGCGUUAUAAUACCGCCUUUUAUCAAAGCAAACAUGGACUAUUGGUCCAUAAAAACCUGCACUUUUAUAAACUUUAAAGAAGACCACAAUUUAAUGGCUGUAACCAUCACAAUUCCGUUGCUCAGUGCCAUCCUGUUGCUACUUGUUGCUUUAGUCUGUUAUUGGCGACGAUUUCGAAAAGGACUUGGAGUUCCGUCCGAUCAUGAUGAGACGGUAAGCCAACGUCACAUCGUGGAUAAACCUUUUGCUUACCUAAUGGCAAUGUUUGUGUCUAUCGCCUGCUAUAUUACCAACGUCUUACACAUUAUUGCCGAUUCAGCAGGCUCGUCGAAACUGACAUUACUAAGAGUUUAUUUGGCGGAUGAAGUUCUCCAAGACGUUUUCACAUACGUUCUACCCUUGUCGUGGCUGUUUUUUGACGACGUGAGGGAGAGAAUAAAAACGUGUGGUUCGUGGUGUAGCAAUGAACAGAACGACAACCAAACAGCUACAACAAACGAUAAAGAGUUUGAUGAGGAAAAUGGAAUUUCAGAUUUCUAAUCAGUUC